CGUGUGUGUGUGUGUGUGUGAAUUGAGCACUAUAUAUAUAUCUGUGUAUGCUUGUGGUUUCACCAUGACAUUAAAGAUUAUGAUCUAUCUGGAGGCUAAUUUUGUCCAGUUUAAGGAGGAACUGCUUCCUAAAGAAGAGAAUAAAGCUCUGCUGACGUUCCCCUUCCUGCACGUCUACUGGACCGACUGCUGCGACUCGGAGGUGUACAAGGCGUCGGUGAAGGAGGACAUGCAGCGCUGGCAGGCUGCUCUGCGUCUGCACGGGUCGGUGGAUUGGCUCAUCGCGGUGGUGGAGAGCGACAACAAGAAGAAGAACAAGACCAACCUCCUGCCACGCACCUCCAUCGUCGACAAGAUCCGCAGCGACUUCUGCAACAAGCAGAGCGACAGAUGUGUGUCUCUGUGCGAUCCGCUGAAGGAGUCGUCGCGCUCGCAGGAGUCCUGGAGCUCGUUCCUCACGAAGCUCCGCACGCUGCUGCUCAUGUCCUUCACCAGGAAUCUGGGCCGCUUCGAGGACGAGAUGAGGACGCUGCGAGAGAAACGCACCGAGCCCGGCUGGAGCUUCUGCGACUACUUCAUGGUGCAGGAGGAGCUGGCGUUUGUCUUCGAGAUGCUGCAGCAGUUUGAAGACGCUCUGGUCCAGUAUGAUGAACUAGACGCUCUUUUCACACAGUAUGUGCUCAACUUUGGCGCAGGAGACGGAGCUAACUGGCUGGGCUCGUUCUGUCAGCCGGUGCGCAGCUGGAACGGGCUGCUGCUGCGGCGGCCCAUCGACAUGGAGAAGCGUGACCUGAUCCAGAGAGGAGAGGCCAGUCUGCUGGACCUGCGCAGCUACCUGUUCUCCCGCCAGUGUACCCUGCUCAUCUUCCUGCAGAGACCCUGGGAGGUGACGGCUCGCGCGCUCGAGCUGCUGCACAACUGCGUGCAAGAGCUGCGGCUGCUGGAGGUGUCUGUGGUGAGCGGUGCUCUGGAAUGCUGGGUGUUUCUCAGCUGUCUGGAGGUCCUGCACCGGAUAGAGGGCUGCUGCGACCGCAGCCAACUGGAGGCCAACACCUCCCACACCGUGGGCCUGUGGACCUACGCCACGGAGAAGCUGAGGUGUCUGGGUGAUCUGUGUGGUCUGGUGUCCGAGAACGGCCCGAACUCUGAGGACCUGAACAAGACCGUCGACCUGCUGGCUGGUCUGGGAGCAGAGAGACCCGAAACGGUGAACAGUCCUCAGAGUCCGUAUAAGAAGCUGAAGGAGGCGUUGUCGUCUGUGGAGGCCUUCGAGAAACACUAUCUGGAGCUGUCUCACGCCGCUAUGGAGAUGUAUAAGGCGAUCGGGCGGCUGCGUUCUGCUCGGCUGGUGGGGAAGAGUCUGGCCGAGUUCUACAUGUGUUUGUCAUCAGCUGUGGGUGUGUGUGGUUUCUUUGACCAUGUGUGUAGAUACCUGCAGACGAGUGCUCUGCUCGCCAGCGACACCAACCUGAGCGAUGAAGAGAGGAGACACUUCUGCCAGGAGAUCCUGACCUUUGCCAGCCAGACCGCAGAGGGCAGAGGUCAACAGAAAGAUGCUCGUGUGGCUCUGAGCAUGAGCUCCUUCACUCGGCUGCAGGAGCUGCGCUUCCGUCCGUCCUCGGCGCUGGUGCAUGUGAGCGCCGCCCUGCAGCUGGAGCUGCGUCUCUGCAGUCUGAUGCCCGUUCCUGUGACGCUGGAGCAGAUCUCCGCCAGCAUACACUUCACACAGGAGCAGCCGGGCUCCACGGCUCAGAAACGGGCCGCUCAGAACCCCGACGGCACCGUGACCUUCCCCGCGGCCAGCCCUGCGUCUGCGUCUGCAUCUGCGCUGGAGCUCUGUGAGAUCCUGGAGCACAGUCCGUCUGAUAUAUCCGAGCUGAGCUCCGCCGGCGUGGCCUGCAGGAACAUGCACCUGCUGCUGCGCCAGAACGACAGCGCCACCUCGCUGGACACACCUAACACCGCACUGACCGCACUCGCUCUGGAGGACGGAGCGCAGAUGCUGAGGGCCAGUGAUGUCACGCUGUUGCCUGGCAACAACAGCAUCGUCUUCACCGCGCCUAGUCAGAAGCCGGGUGUGUAUACUCUCCGGCAGCUAUGUGCGACACUGGGCCAAGUGCAGUUCAUUCUGCCACAUCUUUACCCUGUGGUUCAGUAUGAGGUUUACUCUCAGGAGCCUCAGCUCAGCAUCCAGCCGCUCACAGGUCAGUGAGAGAGAGAGUGUGUGAGUGUGAGAGUAAAUGAGUGUGA